AUGUCUCUCAAACAAAUUGUUGGGCAUAGUGAGUUUUCUCUAUUUUUAUUUGUAUUUUUCAAAAAAAAAAGAUACAUUUCAGAACUGCUGAACGAUGUGAUCCGCCCUUUGAAGAAGCCAGAAGGCCGUGGCGCCUGGAAUGUGUUGAUUGUUGAUACACUUGCAAUGCGUAUGCUUUCGUCGUGUUGUAAAAUGCACAAUAUUAUGGAAGGUAUGUACUUUUGCUUUUUUUCUACGUCAUAUAUAUUGACUUGAAAGAUUAAAAAAACAUAAGAUGUUUUCAGAAGGUAUUACGAUUGUGGAAGAUUUGAACAAACGACGAGAACCGCUUCCGACACUUGAUGCAAUUUAUCUGAUUGCGCCAACACAAGAAUCGGUAGGACAUUUGAGCUUAAAAAAGAUUGUUUAAAUUGAAAUGUUGAAUUUCUCAAAUUUUGCGGAUAAGUGACAUUUUUUAGAUUGGAGAAUAUGUUGGUUCUGAUUCAAGUUUUAAAAAUCCUGAAAUCUUUGAACUUUUUGAGAAACAUUUCAAAUAUUGUGAAUGAUUUUAUAUGAACUUUGAGAAAAAGUUUCAGCUUAGACUAUUUUUUAGCGGAUUGAAAAGAAGGCUCAUAAAUUUAUUGGCUAUUCCGGAUUGAAUAUUUCGUAAUAAAUUUAAAUUAUGCCGAAAUAGAACCUCUAAAAAUGGAAAUUCAAAUGUUUUUUAGAUUUCCAAACAAUAUAAUAAUUUUUCAGAUCGACAAACUUAUUCAAGAUUACGUUGUCCGUAACCAAUACAAAUGUGCACACGUCUUUUUCACCGAAGCCUGCUCCGAUCAACUUUUCUCAACACUUUCCAAAAGUGCAGCUGCAAGAUUUAUCAAAACAUUGAAAGAAAUCAACAUUGCAUUCACACCAUAUGAAAGUCAAGUUUUCAAUCUCGAUUCGCCAGAUACUUUCUUUUUGUAUUAUAAUGCACAAAAACAAGGAGGAUUGACUUCAAAUUUGGAGAGAAUUGCUGAACAAAUUGCGACUGUCUGUGCCACACUUGGCGAAUAUCCAUCUUUGAGAUAUCGUGCAGAUUUUGAGAGAAACGUUGAGUUGGGACAUUUGGUUGAACAGAAACUGGAUGCUUAUAAAGCUGAUGAUCCAUCGAUGGGAGAAGGUGCGGAUAAAGCUAGAAGUCAAUUGAUUAUUAUUGGUGAGUUUGUUGGAAUGUCUUUUGAAUAGUUUUUCCAAUGGGUACUGUUGUUUCAGACCGUGGAUAUGAUGCAAUUACACCUUUGCUUCACGAGCUCACACUUCAAGCUAUGACCUAUGAUUUGCUUGGAAUUGAAAAUGAUGUAUAUAAAUAUGAGACUGGUGGAAAUGAGAAUGUUGAGAAAGAAGUAUUGUUGGAUGAAAAUGAUGAUUUGUGGGUGGAAAUGCGCCACAAACAUAUUGCAGUUGUCUCACAACAAGUGACAAGUGGAUUGAAGAAAUUCAGUGAUACAAAAGGGAAUAAAGGAAACAUGGAUGCUAAAUCAAUCAAAGAUUUGUCGAUGUUGAUCAAGAGAAUGCCACAACAUAAAAAGGAGUUGAACAAAUUCAGCACACACAUUAGUUUGGCUGAAGAAUGUAUGAAACAAUAUCAACAAGGUGUUGAUAAAUUGUGUAAAGUCGAACAAGAUUUGAGUACUGGAGUUGAUGUGGAAGGCGAGAGAGUUAAGGAUGCCAUGAAAUUGAUGGUCCCAUUGUUGAUUGAUCCCGCGGUUAGAUGUGAAGAUCGUUUGAGACUUAUUCUUCUUUAUAUUUUGAGCAAGAAUGGUGAGUAGGGUUGGCGAAACUGAUCCGAUUCUUUUUCGAAGUUUUGAGAUGUUUUUUUUCUGAAAAUAAAAUAUGGUUUUCAGGUAUCACUGACGAAAAUUUGAACAAACUCUUGCAACAUGCGAAUAUUUCAAUGGCUGACAAGGAAACUAUCACAAAUGCUGCACUCUUGGGAUUGAAUAUUGUCACUGAUGUAAGCUAAAAAUUAACAGGAACUUGGGAUUAUUUUCUCAUUUUCACUUUUGAAAAUAUUGAAAAAUUGGAUAUAAUAGUUUCCAUCUAUAAAGUUCUGCUAAUAUAAACAAUUUUUCAGAACGGCCGCAAGAAGACUUGGACUCCAACUCGCAAAGAGCGACCACAUGAACAAGUCUACCAAUCGUCGCGUUGGGUUCCACUCAUCAAAGAUAUAAUGGAAGACGCAAUCGAUGAUCGAUUGGACACCAAACACUUCCCAUUCUUGGCUGGAAGACAAGUCAAUCAAGGAUACAGGUACUCAUUUUUUCUUUUUCUAAUUCCGAGCAUUUUUUAUCAAAGUUGUGUUUGUAGAGCUCCAGCAUCUGCAAGAUAUGGUCAAUGGCACAAGGAAAGAGGUCAACAAUCAAAUUAUAGAAGUGGUCCAAGACUUAUUAUCUAUAUUAUUGGAGGUGUUACCUUCUCUGAAAUGAGAGCUGCAUAUGAAGUAACUGCGUCGAAAAAACCAUGGGAAGUUAUCAUUGGAGCGGAUCGUGUUAUUACACCAGACAAAUUCCUCACCAAUCUUCGCGAUCUCAACAAACCGCGUGACCAAUGA